AUGGCCGGAGAAAUCUUAGUAGGUGAGUAUCUUUUCGAAAGAUUACGCCAAUUGGGUGUAAAAUCCAUCCAGGGUGUUCCAGGAGACUUCAAUUUGACCUUGCUCGAUUUAAUCGACAAUGUCGGUGACGAAAGCUUCCGCUGGGUGGGCAACACCAACGAACUCAACGGUGCAUACUCCGCUGACGGUUAUGCCCGAGUGAAGGGAUUGUCUGCCAUUGUAACGACAUUCGGUGUUGGUGAGCUUUCCGCCAUCAAUGGUUUGGCUGGUGCAUACUCUGAGCAUGUCCCUAUUGUGCACAUUGUCGGUAUGCCUUCCACUAAGGCUCAACGUACUGGCGCCCUACUCCAUCAUACUUUAGGUAAUGGUGACUUUGGCAUUUUUGUAGAAAUGAAUCGCCCUGUGAGUGCUUAUACCACCGUCAUUACAGACGGUGCAGAGGCUUCCAAGGCUAUAGACGAAGCCUUGACAAUUUGCUACCGCAAGGCUCGUCCAGUUUACAUUGGUGUUCCUGCUGACGCUGGUUACUUUAAGACUUCCUCGGAUGCGCUAAAGAAACCCUUGGAAGUUGAAGAACCCGAGAAUGAUCCGCUUUCAGAACAAGAAGUUCUCACUACUGUUGUUGAAAUGAUUGAAAAAUCCAAGAAGCCUGUCAUCUUGGUUGACGCUUGUGCAAUUCGCCACCGCGUCGUUCCUGAAGUAAAACAAUUGAUAGAGUUGACGCAUUUCCCCAGUUACGUGACUCCUAUGGGUAAGUCUGCAUUGGAUGAAACUGCGAAAUAUUUCGAUGGUGUCUACGUUGGUUCCAUCAGUGACCCCGAUGUAAAGGAACGUAUUGAAUCGACCGAUCUUUUGCUCUCCUUUGGUGCUUUGAAAUCCGAUUUCAACACCGGUUCCUUUUCUUACCACUUGAGUCAACAGAAUUCAAUUGAAUUCCACUCCGAUCACAUGAUCAUUCGUUAUGCCUACUAUCCUGAUGUUUCCAUGAAGUAUGUGAUCCGGAAGUUGCUGAAUGUUUUGCAUCCCCAAAAAUGCCAAGCUAAGGCAGCUCCUGUUUUGGGCUACCAUAUCAAACCCAAGCACGCUUCCGGAUACACGGAAAAUGAUAUCACACAAAGUUGGUUCUGGCCAAAAUUUGGUGAAUUCUUAAAGCCUAAAGACGUGGUCGUUACGGAAACGGGAACAGCCAACUUUGGUAUUUUGGACUGCAGAUUCCCUCCCGACGUUACAGCCAUUUCUCAAGUGUUGUGGGGAUCCAUUGGAUAUUCCGUUGGUGCAUUCUUUGGUGCAGCUUUGGGGGUUAGAGACUCUGACACACCUGACCGUCGUACCAUCUUGGUGGUCGGUGAUGGUUCUUUGCAUUUGACGGCAACAGAGAUUUCGACUUGCGUUCGCCAAAAUCUCAAGCCAAUUAUCUUUGUAAUUAACAACGAUGGUUACACCAUAGAACGUCUUAUUCACGGUCUUCAUGCAGGCUAUAACGAUAUCAACACUCAAUGGCAAUACCAAGACAUGCUCAAGUUCUUUGGUGCCAAGCAAUCACGUUCCUAUCGCGUCAAGACUCCUCAAGAGAUUGAAAAGUUGUUUAAGGAUGAGCAAUUUGCCUCUGCAGAUGUGAUUCAACUCGUAGAAGUGAUUAUGCCCAAGUUGGAUGCACCCCGUAUUUUGGUAGAACAAGCAAAAUUGACGUCCAAGAUCAACAAAGAGUAA